CCCAUCCCAUUCCUCCUUUACCAAUUCCUCAAUCUUUUCUGGGUGUGGGGCUGGAGUGGCAUUCAAGCUACCCAACCACCCAUGGAUAUUCCACCACAAACCACCACCACCACCACCCCCACACCCAAUGACGGUAUUCCAAACAAUCCCACCACCACCACCAUCCUCAAACGCAAACGUACAAAACGUCAAAGACCCACAACCAACCUCACUCAUUCUUCCACCUCCUACAAUCCUUCAAACUCUUCUCCACCAUCAUAUUCCACCACCACCGAAGACGAAGACACCGCCAACUGCCUCAUCCUUCUCUCCAAAGGCCAUAAUAAUAUCAUUCACUCUCCUAUCGAAAACUUCUCCGACUCAUGCUACAAAUUUAACAGCAAAAGAUACAUACAAACAUCGACAGACACCACCACCGGAACAUAUGUUUACGAAUGCAAAACGUGUAGCCGAACAUUUCCUUCAUUUCAAGCUCUCGGAGGCCAUAGAGCUAGCCACACGAAACCAAGAUUUAUCGAAUCCGACAAACCUACACCCGUUUUUUCAGACGGAGAAGAUACAUCUACAAACAACAAGAAAUCAUCAUCCAAGCUUUGUUCAAUCUGUGGUGCGGAGUUUAACUCCGGACAAGCGUUAGGCGGCCACAUGCGUCGACACAGGGCGACUAACGGCAACACCAACACCAACACCACUUUAUCUUUGAUUCCUUAUGGUGUGGUGGAUGAUAAUAUUUAUGAUGAUGAAAAGUCAAAGUCAAAGGCUGAUGGUUUAUGUUUGGAUUUGGAUCUUAACCUUCCGGCACCGGUGGAAACCACCGGUAUUAGGGUUGUGUCGAAUCAAGAUCAACAUCGGGAAUCGAGCUUCAUAUUCUCGGCCAAUCAGAACAAACAACAACCGUCCGGUUAUUUGUCUGCUGCUCCAACGUUGGUGGAUUGUUAUUAUUAAACAAAGGUGCAAAAUUAUAUUUGUUAAUUUCUUUUUUUUUUUUACAUUUUGUAUUUAUUUAGUUACACAGUUAAUCUUGUGAAGGUAAGUGAAAUUGUUAUCAUAGCCACAAAUUUCUAAUUUUUUCUUAUAAUUGGUAUAGAUUCUUUGUAUUAUUUGAUCACAUUGUUGAUGAUUAGAACUUCUAAAAAGGGUGUUUAAUUAAAUAAA